AUGACUGAGGGAAUGGACGACUUCUCUGCAGGGCCUGCUUCCACUCCUGGAUCAGCCUCCCCCACUGGAUAUACUUUUGAUACUGGACAAGUCCCUGAGGAGAAACCAGAGGAGACAGAGGCAGCUGGCGAGAGUGGGGAGGAGGGCACAGAGGGAACUGCAGAAGGAGGUGGUAAUAUUGAUGGGGAGCAUUCGGGGGCUUUGGGAAUAGUGGCCUUGCCAGGGACCUGCUGUGUGUGCAUAGAGAUGGAACAGAUUAACAAUUGCCUGCACUCUGAAAAAAUCUGCAUUCUGCCUAUCCUGGCCUGUCUGCUUAGCUUAGCCCUCUGCACAGCUGGCCUCAAAUGGGUCUUUGUGGAUAAGAUCUUUGAGUACGAACCACCCACUCACUUAGAUCCUAAACGCAUCGGACAGGACCCAAUUAUUAUAUCAGUUGACCCCACACUGGGAUUAACUGUGUCAAUUCCUCAUUCAUCUCCGUCCACUGUCUCCCUGACCACCGCCAUUGCCAUAUCCCCAGGACAUCCUGAGGUUUUAAUGGAGGAGAAAUCUAAACGAGGGCCGUAUGUGUCUCAGUCUCCAGGAGUGACUCUGUCUGAUCCCUCUGUUACUCUGAAAUUCAACGCUGAACAUCCCACCGUCCCAAAGCAGACCCCCCACCCUCAGACAACACAGGAAUUAAACAACAUCUUUAUCCCAACAAUCUUGUCCUCUGCAGCUGCCACCAGCACUACCACAACAGCAAAGACCUCCAGUCAUGUGACGCGCUGCAGUGACAGUCAGAAGAACUACUGUGUCAAUGGAGGGGAGUGCUUCACCCUUGAAAUCAUGCCUGGCAGCACAAAGUUUCUUUGCAGGUGUCCAAAUGAAUUUACUGGUGAUCGCUGCCAAAACUAUGUAAUGGCCAGCUUUUACAAACAUCUUCGAACUGAAUUUAUGGAAGCUGAGGAGCUGUAUCAGAAACGUAUUUUAACAAUAACAGGAAUCUGCAUUGCACUCCUAGUCGUUGGAAUCAUGUGUGUGGUUGCCUACUGCAAAACAAAGAAGCACAGGAGGAAGCUCCAUGACCGUCUGAGGCAGAACCUGAGGAAGAAGAGGAACAACCUGGCAAGCUCAGCCAGAGGACGUCAAAUUUCUAACUUGCCUCUACAAGAUUUGCAGCUUAUCAAUCACUGUAAUGCGAUGACAAUGCAGCAUGCAGCUGAGAAGGAGACAGACAUAACCCUCUCCACAAGCAAAUAUGCCAUAUCUACGCAUGAACCUACCACUCUCACCCACAUCUCCAGCCAAAGCUGGAGUAAUGACUGGAGCAACAGUGUUCUGUCUGACACUGAGUCUAUCUCGAUGAUGUCAUUGGCGGAGAAUAGCCAGGGUGCCAUACAGGGCCGCAGAGGUCGUCUGAAUGCCACUGGCGGCACCAGAGACUUAAGUGCUCAUUCAAAGAAGUGCAGAGACACACCCAUUUCCGACAGGGACUUGCCUUAAAGUAUGAGGUAUGUAUCUGCUGUGACAACCCCAACUUGGCUGUCUCCAGUGUCCUGCACCUCUCCUGUAUCUCCAGGAUCUCCUCCAUCAGAGAUGUCAGCCCCCCUGCCCAGCCUGGCCAUCUCUGUCCCCUCAGUGGCUUUAAGCCCCUCUGGUGAAGAGGAGCGCCCACUGCUGUUGUCAAACACAGGUCAGCCAUACAAGACCUUGAAAAGAGAUGAACAGAAGAGGACCUCUGCGCACUACAACCAUGGCCACGUUGCACACAGCUUACCACCUAGCCCACUGUUGAUCAUGGAGAAUGAUAACUUCCAAAUCACAAUCACUACAGCUAUCACCCAUAUGGUCUCAGUAUCGCCAGAAAUGCUAGUGAAUUCAAAUAACAUUAUCGAAAACUACAGCACCAAAAGAAGUGUCCCCAAUGGCCAUUUGUUGCAUAAUGUGGACUCCAGUGGUGACAACAUACUAGAGGGUGAAAUAGAGGAUCCCCAUGGGGAACACACACCCUUCCUUACUAUGGAUAGCACUACAGCCCUGUUGCUUAGGGCUAUGGACAGCAGCAGGACUAACCCAGCAUCACCAAAUGAUGAUCAGCAAGUCAAGUCAUCCAGUGCCACCACCAAACAAAAUCCAGUAGCUGUGUAA